AUGUGCAGAAUAAACAGCAACAUCAUCGUCUCCAUGUUGAUCUCGGUCACCAGUAAGACCAGAGUCCGCCGCGCCGGCAUCAGCCCGCUUCACCUGGCGGCUGAGCGUAACCGUGAUGACGUCCUGGAGGCUCUGAUCGAGGCAGGUUUUGAUGUGAACGCUCAGCUGUCUGAAGAACGGCUGCGGCUCUACCAGGACCGCCGCAGCUCGCCGCUCUACUUCUCCGUCAUUAACAACAACAUCCAUGCGGUGCGCAUGCUGCUGGCGGCCGGCGCAGACCCCAACCGGGACAUGUUCAAACCUCUGAUGGUGGCGGCGAGGCUGAACUGCAUUCAGACCGUCACCCUGCUGGUGGAGCACAGAGCAGAUAUCAACGCCUCCAUCCCCACACACCUCACCACCUUCCCUGCCGUCUACAUGUUCUCCAUGAAGAACCUGCCCAUGUUCAAGUACCUGCUCGACCACGGGGGCCACGCCCGCUCCUGCUUCAACUGUGUCUAUGGAAACCGACCUCAUCCACCAAUCAAAACCACACGAUCAGAAAGGGACUCAGACAGGGUCUCCGAACAGCACGGAGGCGUUCAGUUCUGUGAGAUGAUCUCAGCUCCUAGUAUUUCUCGGUGGGCGGGGCCGAUCAUUGACGUCCUGUUGGACUACGUUGGCCAUGUGACCCUCUGCUCACGACUGAUGGAGCAUCUGGACAGCUACUCUGAAUGGAACGUCAUCAAGGAGAAAGCUG